AUGAUUCGGUACACGGGAAAAGAUGCACCAGGAUUUUCAUGUUUGCCAAAUGGUUGUUGUCUACCAUGUCCAUUUGCUAACACGCUUUACCCUGAAAAUUUGAUCGAUUCGAUUUACUUGAUUCUAAGUUUUGUUAGGGUCAUUUCGUUCGCGUGUAUUUUCGCUUUGGUUAUAAGUUAUGUAGUAUUGCCUAAUAAGCGAGAACAUCCGGCCAUGACUGUAUUAUUAUUUAAUGCAAGUCUUUUAAUAUUUAUCAGUGUAACCUUUUUUUACAUUGGAGAUCAUAAAAAAGUACAAUGUUAUGAUGAAAUAACACAAUCUGAUAUAACAAAUAAUCCAUUUUAUUGUGGAGUGCAAGUGGCAGUAACUUUUACAAUAUUGCCCGGUAUAACCGGAGAGAUUAAUUAUGAAUUUGGUGCUAAUGCAUUACUAUAA